AUGGCGGACUGGGGGCCGGUCGUGGUCGCGACGGUGCUCUUCGUGCUGCUGACGCCGGGGCUGCUGUUCCAGCUGCCGGCGCAGGGCCGGAUCGUGGCCUUCGGCAGCAUGCACACCGGCGGCCUCGCCAUCCUCAUCCACGCCGUCAUCUACUUCGCCCUCAUCACCAUCUUCCUCAUCGCCAUCGGGGUCCACAUCUACGCCGGCUAG